AUGGCCACCGAUAGCCACGAGGGCCUCAUCCAGCCCAGGAAGGUGCCAAACCCAAUGCGGGAGUCCCGGACCCACCGGGAGAUGCACCGGGAGCUGCUCUUCAGCCACAGCAGGGGGAUCCUGCCUCGGCACAAGGCUGAGCUCCCGCGGGUGCUGGAGAGCCGGCGGUUGAGGCAGCUGAAGGAGGAGCUGCGGGGUCCUCCCUCUGACCUGGAGCAGCAGCUGAGGAAACGCCACCAGAGGCUUGAGGAGGUCUGUGCCGUCCCUCUGUCCCCUGUCCCCCUUGCCCCGUUGGAAAGGAAGUGCGAGAUGCUGUUUUUGAGCAGAACUCAGAUCAACAACCCAACCGCCGGGUGCAGCCAGCACCACCCCGGGCACCGGGGAGGGCACCCGGCCACCGCCAUGGCACCCGAGGAGCUCUCCGGCUCGGCCGACUACGAUUACCCACCGGUGACCAACGUGACGGGGAACCGGGAGGUCUUCUCCAGGUGGGAGGUCUUCUUCACCACCGUCUUCAUCCCCGUCUUCUAUUCCUUCAUUUUCCUCCUCGGCCUCGUGGGGAACCUCUUCGUCAUCGUGCUGAUGGCCAAGAAGAGGCGGGGCAAGAGGAUGGUGGACACCUUCGUGCUGAACUUGGCAGUGGCCGAUGUCAUCUUCGUCUGCACCUUGCCCUUCUGGGUGGUGGCGGGGGCGCGGGGCAACCGCUGGCCCCUCGGCGAAGGGCUCUGCAAGGUGAGCAGCUACGCCAUCGCCGUCAACCGCUGCUCCAGCAUCCUCUUCCUCACCGCCCUCAGCGUGGAGCGCUACCUGGUCAUCAGGAAGGUGCUGGACACCAAGACGACGGGUUCCCAGCAGCACGUCCGCGUCACCUGCGGCGUCAUCUGGGCAGCGUCCCUCCUUUUGGGCGCCCCGUCCCUGGUGUACCGGCGGCUGGACGGGGACGACUGCUGGGAUGAAGAUGGAGAGGACUUCAGCCUGGCCAUGGUCUUCCUCACCUUCCUCCUGCCCUUGGGGGUCAUCUCCUUCUGCUACUGCUCCAUCUACUGUCGCCUCCAGCGCCACGUCCGGCUGGGCAGGGGCAUCCGGCGGUCCCACCGCGCCAUCGUCACCAUCGUCGCAGCCUUCCUCUGCUCCUGGUUGCCCCUCAACGCCUGCAAGGUCCUGCUCUUCUUCCUCGCCAAGGGGACGCUGGUGCUGUCCCAGGGGCAGGAGGUGGCCCUGAGGUGGCUGGUGGCCGGCAGCACCUGCCUGGCCUUCGUUAACAGCUGCGUCAACCCCCUCGUCUACGCCCUCAUGGACGGACGCUGCCGUCCCCGAUGUCCUUUGGGUCCCCGCGCCCCGGGGGACGUGGCCGUCACCUCCUCCACCACCGACUCCAGUGUCCUCUUCGGCGGACGGAUGCGGACCAGUUCCCCCCCG